AUGUGUAUAGUAUUUAUUAGUUUUUAUCAAAAUGAAAAACACCCCCUAAUAAUUUUAAAUAAUAGAGACGAGGUUUGUGAAAGACCAACCAUACCAUUAUCAGAAUGGGUAUUGAAAAAAAACGAAAUAGAAGAAUUUAGAGAUAAUGAUUAUAUUUCAAAUAAUAGCAAAGAUUAUUAUUCAAAAGAUGAAGAUAUUAGGAUAUAUGGGGGCAAAGAUAAAAUCGGUGGUGGUACAUGGUUAGGUGUCAAUAACAGGGGCAAGUUUUGUAUUAUUUUAAAUCUGUAUAAUAAGAAUUUUCACGACUCAAGCUCAGGAAGCGGCAAACUAAGUAGGGGUAAAAUUGUGCAUAACUAUUUAUCGUCAAAAAUAUCACCAUUCGACUAUAUUUCAUUAAUGGAAAAAAACAGACACCAAUAUCAUCCAUUCAUAUUAAUUGUUGGUGAUAUUAUAAACUCAAAUGAAAAGUAUUAUUGCCUUCUAAGCCACUUAUUACCACCAAAAGAGUUGUAUAAUAAAGAAUUGAAUGUAAAGACAUACCCAAGUUAUUUGAAGGCCAUAGAAAGAGACACUGUAUUUGGUAUAUCAAACUAUCCUCUGGAAUGGAAUACCCCCAAGGUCACCAAAGGUAAACAAAGACUAAGCGAUACUUUAAAAGAAAUAUUCGAAAAGAAAGCUCAUAGCUUGCAGGAACAUAGCGACCCACACUCAUGCCAAUUUGAAGAGGAGGGCAGUUUAAAUCAAUUAUUUACCAGCGAUGAAGAAUCAAAGAUUUUAGACAUACUUUAUAUAGACAAAAAGGAAGAUGAGCUUCCAUCACCAACUGAGCAUAUCAAUACCUCAGCUAUAUUUGUAAACCCAUAUCAUUCAAUUUAUUCAAAAAAAAUACACUCAACUGUUUCAUCUUCUCUAAUUACAUUUGACAGGUUGCCACAUUCAUCAGAAAUUAUAAUGUCUUUUCUUCAAGUCGAUAAUAUAAACAAAAAAACAUUUAAAAUUAGACAAACUUUAAAGUAA